AGCAUAACGAGUUUGUAAGUAUUAAUUUAGGUAUUUGUAGAGGUGAACUAUUGCGGUUCAAACCGUGAUUACGGAUUAGUUGUAUUAUUAUCAUUACUUUAGCAAAUGUAAUUAGCUAGCUUAUUUACGAACUAAUGCUUGAUCUCCUGAUCACAUGUUAGCAAAACUAGCUAGCAAGCUAACUUCAUCCAAGAAGUCAAUUUACUGAGCAACAGGACGUUUGAAGUAUAGUCGGCUGUCACAUAUUAAGUCAAAGGCUAGUCGCUUAGCAAUGUUUACUUUUUAAAAUGAGACGUGAAGACUAACGUUAUAAUGAAAGUGCAGGCUGCCAUUACACUGCAACUUGUCUUUAGCAGCUAUAGUUAGCUAACGUUAGCUUGCAUCUGCCUUCCACUCAAAAAUUCCGAAGAGAAGAAUUGACAGCCAUAUUUUCUCAAUCAAAGCUCAGUCCUCGAGAUAUGAUGUCUAAAGUCAAGCCAGAGAAAACGGACUCUGCUGCUUCUUCUAAAACGCCAGAAUCCAGUCAGGACCAAAAGAAAAAGAAACCUGUAAAGAAAAAGUUUUUUGAACACACCAAGAAACAACCAGUGGCAAAAGAUCAAGGUAAAACCAACGUGUUGCUUCCUCCGAAAGAUGCCAAACAGUUUUCAGCCAACUGGAAAACGUUACUAGAGGUGUUCAAAUCCAAUCCCCUGCCAGUAAAAAAUAAACCAGUUCAGCAGAACUCAAAGAAGGAAGUCCAUAAGAAACCCACUAAAGACAUUUCAAAGAAGGACGAGGUGGUGGUGGAUAAGAAGCCUGCUAAAGACUUAUCAAAGACAGUGAAUGAUGCCAAGCCCAUGCAGGUGAACAGUAGGAAAGUAGGGAAGGACAGUGCCGUUCCCAAUAAAUCCCAGGUGAAUGGGAAAGGUCCAGGAACAUCGGGGACAGAACAACCCAAAGCCAAGAAGAAGAAACAGAACAAUUCCCAGGUGGCAGGUAACACACAGAUGAAGAAGAUGAAAAUGGAGGAAGUGGAGGAAAAGAAACCCACUGAAUCGGACAUGUGGUUUGAUGACGUGGACCCUGACGACAUUGAGGCCACAGUUGGGACAGAGGCAGCAGAUAUCAUGAGGAAGAUGCAAGGCACUCGGAAGACGGAUGCCCAGACCACAGAGAAGGCGCUGGUCAAGGACAGGGGGUUUGAGGGCCUAACCAAGGCGGUAGCUAUGGACUGUGAGAUGGUGGGUGUGGGGCCAGAUGGAGAGGACAGCAUCGUAGCCCGGGUCUCCCUUGUCAACCAGUUUGGGAAGUGCAUCUACGACAAACACGUCAAGCCCACAGAGAAGGUGACAGACUACAGGACAGCUGUCAGCGGCAUCCGGCCAGAGAACAUCAAAAACGGUGAGAAUGUGAAGACUGUACAGAAAGAGGUGGCUGAGAUCCUCCAGGGGAGAACGCUAGUGGGACACGCCAUUCACAAUGACCUUAAGAUUUUGCUCUUGGAUCACCCAAAAAAGAGAAUCAGAGACACCCAGAAGUAUAAACCUUUCAAGAAAAUUGUGAAGAGUGGUCGGCCCUCUCUGAAACUCCUGUGUCGGGAAAUACUUAACGUCAAAGUACAGCAGGGAGAACAUUCAUCCGUCCAAGACGCCCAGGCGACUAUGAGAUUGUACACGAUGGCGAAGAAAAAUUGGGAAGCAGAGAUCAAGGCUAGUCAUAACAACCCAGACUUAACCAAGAAGACCAAAGAACCAAGGAAGCCCAAAUCAGCAAAACUCAAAUUAACCUGACUGGUUCUGAAGUCUUAACUGCAUCUGUCUGUCUAAUGGGACUGUGGACUAACCAUUGACUAGGUGCCACAGAACAGGUGGCUUGACUGAAUUAAUAACAAGUGUCUUUGGGAAGUGGAGUGAACUCGCACAUAUGUCUUAGUGAAGAGUCAUUUUAGGAAUCUCGUUCGUUGACUCAUAAGGAUUGCACAAAUAAGUUUGUUCAAAUCCCACUCAGCCCAGAUCACUCAUAUCUUAGUGCUCCUCCAACUAUGCAUCGAUCUUUAAUUCAUUGUCUGGUACAUCCUCUUCCGUGUUCUUUUUGUUCAGAUCGGGUUUUAAAAUGUAUUCUCAUAUCUAACAUCCACAAGUUAGGUUUAGCGAAGAUGUUGCAUUUGAGGGCUUUAACAUGAAUUAAAAGUGUGAUAUCUUCAAUCACAUGCAGUAUGUAAUGUUUUUACACUUAUGUGCAUGGAUCAUGUAAUAACUGGGAAAAGUCAGGCAUUGUUUAAAAGGCAGAAUGUUUUUAUUUUGUCAGAUGGGGAGAGAACAAUACCAUAUAAGCAA